AUGACGUCGCCGACGAGGGCUCUCGGGGCCGUCUACGAGGCGACUCGGGAUGACGAGGCGGUCUUGGGUGAAGGCUGGGACGAGAUGGUCCAGGCCGUGCUGCUGCUCCGCCUGCGCCACUUCGAGGACGCCCGCGCAGCGGCCCGGCAGGCCCUGCGGAUCAACAGUGACCUCGCCGGCGUUAUCGACGAGCUGCUUCCUGGGAUGGAGGAGAUCCCCGUCUGGCAGCCCGGCCCGCACCCGGCGGCGGGAGGCAAGUACGUGAUCUGCUACAACCCGUUUGUCGGCCUUGGAAACCUGGCGGUCGUGAUGGUGUCCGCCCACGCGCUGGCCAAGAUCACGGGCAGGACUUUCGUCCUGCAUUGGAACAUAAACCAGGUGUCGAGGCACGCGUUCCGGCUGAAGGAGCGGCCAGGGGUUCUCACCAUGCGGCUCUCAGCCGCCGCCGAGGAGGCGGGGGUCCUCACGGAGAGCGCCAGGCAGAUCUAUCCGGCGGGGUCGACACGACACGAACCCGCGGUACACUACUAA